AAAUGGACGAAAUUUGACUUUAAAUAAAAUAAAUGAAAUUAAAUGUGAUUUUUUUAAAUAUUUAAAAUAGCAUACAUAUGAAAAUCCUAGUCACUUCAUUUAAAAUUGUUAAAUCAAUUAUGAAUGUAAGUGUUUAGAUGAUGGUUAGUAUUGGUAGAGUGGCACUUAAUUUGAAAUCUUUUACUCUGAAAGGUACAGCAGUAUGUUUCGUGUGCGCUCCGGUUAUUCACUGUGUAUGAUCGGCUUCCGGCUGCAACUCAGUGUCCGCACGCUGUCAGUGUAGAUUUGCUCGCCAUGGCGGAAGGACGAAGAGAACAGCCACCCCAUCCUCCCUUGUCCCUACCACCGGCCAGUAAGCGACCCUGCCUACGCCCAGCUCCCCGGGGUCCCGGCCCUGGACCCGGACACGGCUUGAACCACUCCCGACAUCGUUCCCCGGAGCCCCUCCUGGACUGUGCCGCGAAGGCAGUAGCGGAAAAGUGGGCCUUCGAAAGAGUGGAGGAGCGUUUUGAACGGAUACCGGAGCCAGUUCAGCGUCGUAUCGUCUACUGGUCUUUCCCCCGCAACGAAAAGGAGAUAUGCAUGUACUCUUCGUUUCAGUGCCGCGCAGCCGAAGAUGGUCCUUCGACGGCUGGCAGCGGGGCAGCAGGUGCUGGGUCAGGACCUACAAGUACGACUGGUGGCGGAGGAACGGCCACUGGUACGACGGCGACAGUAGGGACAACCGGAGCCGUGGGAACGGGAGAUGCACUGCCUUUCCGCCGUGGUAUCAGGUUGCUCGAGACCGGCUGUGUGGAAAACGUUUUACAAGUCGGAUUUCACCUGAGUGGAACGGUAACCGAAUCAGCAUCUUCAUCAGAGCCACAGGUCACCCACAAGGUAGCCAUCAGCUUUGAUCGUUGCAAGAUUACCUCUGUCACCUGUGGCUGUGGAAAUCGUGACAUUUUCUACUGCGCCCAUGUGGUGGCGCUGUCUCUAUACAGGAUCCGGAAACCUGAGCUGGUGAAGCUUCGGUUGCCCAUCUCAGAGACAUUGUUCCAAAUGAACAGAGAUCAACUCCAGAAGCUGGUCCAGUAUCUGAUAACAGCCCACCACACAGAGGUGCUGCCCACAGCUCAGAAACUGGCCGACGAGAUCCUUUCAUCCAACUCGGAGAUCAACCAGGUUCAUGGUGCUCCUGAUCCAACUGCCGGUGCCAGCAUUGACGAUGACAACUGCUGGCAUCUGGAUGAAGAACAAGUCAGGGAACAAGUCAAGCAGUUUCUGUCCCAGGGAGGAUACUACGGCUCUGGGAAGCAACUCAACUCCAUGUUUGCCAAGGUGCGUGAGAUGCUAAGAAUGCGUGACUCCAAUGGUGCCCGUAUGCUGACUCUCAUAACAGAACAGUUUAUGGCAGACUCCCGACUUUCACUAUGGAGACAGCAGGGCACAGGCAUGACGGACAAAUGCAGGCAACUUUGGGAUGAGUUGGGUGCAUUGUGGGUAUGUGUGGUAUUAAACCCUCACUGUAAAAGUGAGGAGAAGAGCACUUGGCUUAAGCAGCUGAAGAAGUGGAGCGACAUGGAUGUAUGCCCGCUGGAAGAUGGCAACUAUGGUAGCGAGCUCCCAAACAUCACCAAUGCCCUGCCACAGAGCAACCUUGCCCAGGACUCUCUGUCAAGGCCCAGGCGGACAGUGUUCAGCAGGGCUGUUGAGGCUUGCAAUCUCCACUGGCAAGGAAGCCACCUCCAGAGGAUCAUCAGCAGUGAUUACUACAUGUCCCCAUCACACCAGAGAGACGAGGAAUGUCUGCUAUUUAAUCCACAAGGACUCCCCCUGUGGCUCGACCACGUACCAACAGCAUGUGCCCGUGUAGAUGCCCUACGUUCCCACGGUUACUCCAGGGAAGCUUUGCGAUUGGCAGUUGCUAUCAUCAACACGCUGCGCCUCCUGCAGCAGCGAGAAAUGGAUAUUUAUAAACACCAAAAGAAAGAGCUUCUUCAGAGGGGGGUGACUACCACCACUAACUUGGAAGGUUGGGUAGGACACCCUCUGGACCCCAUUGGCUGCCUGUUUACCACACUCACUGAAACAUGCCGAGUCGAUGAUGACAGUUCCAUGGACACUGGAGACGGUGAGCCCAGACGUCCAGUUUACCACCAUGUGCCAGUUUGGGGCAGUCAUGACGCAGGAGAGUCCUACCUGACUCUUGCUUUAGAGGUGACUCUAAUGGGUAUGGGCCAACAAAGGAUAAUGCCAGAAGGCCUCUACGCUCAGGAUAAGGUCUGCCGCAAUGAAGAGCAAAUUGUUGCAAAGCUGCAAGAGCUACAGCUGGAUGAUGUGCUGGUCCAUGCACUCCGUAAACAGACCAUCCAGUUACUAGAAGCUGGUCCUUUCAGCGGUCUAGGCGAAGUCAUCCAUAGGGAAAGUGUUCCUAUGCACACGUUUACCAAGUAUCUCUUUUCUGCACUGCUGCCACAUGAUACAGACCUAGCGUAUAAGGUGGCUCUCCGCGCCAUGAGGUUGCCAGUUCUGGAGUCAUCUGCAAGCUCUGGGGAUGUCAGUCACCCUCAUCAUGGCAUUUCCAUCGUUCCAAGUAGAUAUCCACGCUGGUUCACUCUAGGGCACUUGGAGUCGCAGCAGUGUGAGCUUGCUUCGACUAUGCUAACUGCUGCUAAAGGUGACGUGUUGAGAUUGAGGACAGUUCUGGAAGCCAUCCAGAAAAACAUCCACUCUUCUUCCUUAAUCUUUAAAUUAGCCCAGGAUGCCUUCAAAAUAGCUACACCUGCAGACGGCCUGCCUGAUAUAACUCUGCUCAAUGUGGCAUUGGAGCUAGGACUUCAGGUGAUGAGAAUGACUUUAUCCACCCUCAACUGGAGGAGGCGAGAGAUGGUCCGCUGGCUGGUAACUUGUGCGACGGAAGUUGGUCUUCGCGCUCUGGUGAGCAUUUUGCAGAGCUGGUACACUCUCUUCACACCCACCGAGGCCACCAGUAUUGUUGCAGCCACCGUCAUGUCCCAUAACACCAUCCUGCGCCUCAGUCUGGAUUACCCACAACGAGAGGAGCUGGCCAGUUGUGCAAGGACGCUAGCGCUGCAGUGUGCAAUGAAAGACCCCCAGAACUGUGCCCUGUCAGCUCUGACGCUCUGCGAGAAGGACCACAUUGCCUUUGAGACAGCCUACCAGAUUGUGAUUGACGCGGCAUCCACCGGGAUGACAUACUCGCAGCUCUUCACGAUUGCCAGGUACAUGGAACACAGAGGGUACCCGCUGCGCUCAUUUAAGCUGGCCUCCCUCGCCAUGACCCACUUGAACCUGGCUUACAACCAGGAUACGCACCCAGCCAUUAAUGACGUUUUGUGGGCCUGUGCGCUCAGCCACUCCCUGGGGAAAAAUGAGCUGGCUGCAAUUAUUCCCCUGGUGGUGAAGAGUGUUCACUGCGCCACUGUGCUCUCUGAUAUCCUGCGGAGAUGCACCAUGACUGCACCGGGUCUCGCCGGCAUUCCAGGCCGAAGGAACUCUGGAAAGCUGAUGUCGACGGACAAGGCGCCUCUGCGGCAACUGCUGGACGCUACGAUCUCAGCGUAUAUUAACACCACUCACUCUCGAUUGACACACAUCAGUCCACGGCACUACGGAGAGUUUAUUGAGUUCCUCAGCAAAGCACGGGAAACGUUCCUGUUGGCACAGGAUGGCCACAUUCAGUUUGCCCAGUUCAUAGACAACCUCAAACAAAUCUACAAGGGCAAGAAGAAACUCAUGAUGCUGGUCAGAGAGCGCUUUGGUUAAGUAGGAGUGGUUCAACUUAUAUAUUUUUAUUUAAAAAUUAUUUGGAAUUCCUUGUGUGCUUUUUAAGUUGAGCCAUUUGUUGCCGAACAUUUUUUUUUCAAGUCUGGUUGUUUUGUUUGUUAAGUGUGAACCAAAAAGUGUUCACAGCUCAUUGCUCUACGUCACUGGAACUGCUGAUGGGCGAAUGGCACAAUGUCAAAAAUGUAACAAAACACAGCUUCUUUGCCCUCCUCCGGACGAAUGUUGAAUUACACGUUAAAAAAAAAGGUCAUAAGAUUGUGAAAAGCAGAACUAGCUUUUUUUGUGGCAUGUGAUACAAAAACCAAAAGAUGUGUUGAGCAAGCUUCUUUGAGUCAGAAGAACCUGGAAAGAAGUGGGGUUAGUAAGUAGAAAAAAAAAAAACAGAACCCGCUGAGAAUGAAAAGAGAGUGUUCCUACCAUACCUCAACUGUAUUAUUUAUCAGCUUUAACCUCUCUGUUGACAAAUUGCCUCAUUUUAUUCAAGGCUUAUGAGCAGAGAGGCCAAGCCACAACAACAGUGCGGUGAAAAACAUAUCCAAAGACCAAAGCAAAUCCAAUGUAGACCAGCUCUCCCACAUCCAUUCAUUACAAGUAUAACUUGGAAAGAGGCUCAUUUUGCUGAAGAGCAGUUCUGGUUUAGGAUGCAUGCACAUGCACACUAUAUUAUGGAAUAUACUGUCUAUGUUAAUAUUGUCCCCGCCAAUCUAAGUGGUUUGGACAGUGGGACUAUUUCUCGCAUGCUAUUUCAAGGUUUGAUUGUUAGCAUUACGUAUGUAGUCAAAGCUGUCUUUUUCUUCACCAAGCCGCAUUGUCUUUUUGUAUUCAGUUGAAAAGACCUUUGUCGAUAAAGUAGCUAAAGCUCUCUUUCCCCUUUAAGAUCUUUUGUGGGAACUCCAGAAUUUCGUAAACUACACUUCCUUUUUGUUACGCGUACGUAUUGUUCCAACGUUGCUUACUUGGUGACACUAUUCAACAAGUAGCCCUCAGAAACGGAUUGGAAUUUGUUCCAAAUCAACAAAAUAACCAGGGGGAUCAUUUCUAGAUUAUGAAAACAUUUUCAUUAUAAUGGAAAUGCCUAAAAAGCAAUCUUAAACAGCACUCACAAUGUAAUCAUUAAUUGUAUCACACCAGGGAUGUCUAAUGGGAUGUGGUUGGAAUAUGGUUUGACAUGGCAACAUGGGCCAAACGUUUUGACAUUUUGCUUGUAAAUUUACUGUCACUCUAAAAACGUUCAUAGUUUAAUUGAAGCUAUUAUUGGCAUUAUUGGAACUUCUGUUCAUUCUGCAGCUAGAAACGUAACGUUAUACAAGCACUUCACAAAAAUACCUCUUCUGUACAUUCCUGCCAGCUUCAGCGUUCAAUUCGUUUAUUUAUUGAUAUUUGCUAACUUUGUAUGACAAAGAAUGGCAGUCAUAAAGCCUAGGUGAUGUUGACAGGAGGAAUAACAAAAGGUAUGGGGUUAUUUUUCUGCAUGUUUUCUUUAUUACAUUCCAUAAGAGGUGACCUCCUUCCACGUCACUGGAUUUUUUUUUUUCUUUUUUCAAUUGUUAAGAAAAAUGAAAAAGGAAACAAGAGGCUAAACUUAGUUCUCAGGGACAUCACUUAAUGGAACAAAACAAAAAAUAGUAGCAUUAAGCAUUUAAGAUAUUGUAAAUAAUGUGUCAAUUCAGAAAAUUGUAAAAUUAUAAUUAUUUAUGAUGAGUAUGUUGGGGUUUUUUUAAAUUUGUUUUUUAGGAUGAGUGGGGAGUGUACUUGAAUUGUCUUGGAUGUGGGGUAUUCGACAGCCUUUUUUUGUAAGAGCAAAUACUUUUCUCAGGUGUUCUAGUAAAAUAUGUUUUGCUAGAUUCACUCUUGUUUGUAUUUUUAUUUUGUUAUUUUUUAGAUUUGCAAAGAAGUCCCCCUCCUGCUCCCUCUAAAAAAAAAAAAAACAUGCGAAGAAAAUGGGCAGAGAUACAUACUGUACUUAAACCUGACUAUGCAGAGCCACUUGUAUGGGCUUUUAAAGACAGCUUAUUAAAUGUGCAAGAUGAGACACAUUGGACUGAACCACUAUUAAGAGAUUGAUGGGGGAGCAACCGAGCCAAGCUGCAGCCUGCUUUGCAAUUGGACAGUGCACAAGCAGCCGACCUGGCUUCGUUGCAGCAUUGGAUGAGAGAGAAAAAUGUAAACUGGGAAGAUGCCUUUCUGACCUAUCAAUGUACAAAGUUGAGUUUUUCUUGAUUUCUUUGUUGGUUUUAUUCAAUCAGGAUUCAAAAGCCUUUAGUGUCUUCAUGUGGUGGCGCUUGUUUCGGAAAGAGCAACACCUAAACAUCACAAAAAGCAAAUAGGAACAAAUGGGAUGGCCUUUUGGGUGACCUCAUUUCCUUAGAGUUCUGUCAAUCUGGGCCCGUUCCUCACACCAAUUAAUUAGCCUUGUUGUGUCCAACAUGAAUCAACAUUGGUGAUUUUGAUGCUCUGUGGACUCGAUUUAACCCAAUGCUGCAUCAUCUAUAAGGUGGAAACUUUUACAUGAAGUAAACAUCCAUGACAAGAACACAACUGUGGCAUACACCUGCACCAGUAAGUUGCUUGAACAAGAAACUCCAGUAAGCUGCCUUUUCCGUGAUCCCUCUUGUGAACCUGACAGUAUCGUGACUUUCUCCUUCAAGUUAUUUCUGUUUACACUUGCAAAAAGAAGAGGAGCUAAAAUCUUCCCCCCGCCUUUAAAAUCUUUCUUUUUUUUUUCCAUAGGAGAGUACUAUUCGCUGGUAGAAUUUGUUCCCUUGUUCACCAAAUGUGUUCCCAUUUUUGAUUGUUUCUGACUUAAGGGAAUAUUGAAAGUGUUGCCUCUUUGUGCUACUGACUUAUAAAAAGUUAUUUCCAGUAUUUGUUGCCACAAAAAAUGAUAGCUUAACAUCAACACUUUUUCAUUUUUCUUUUUUUUAAAUUUUUUUGUGCAAAUUCUUGAGCUACUGUCUAUAAAGCGAGAAUUUAUUACUAUUUAUGUAUCGCUACUACCAUUUUAUAUUGAUUUGUGUUGGACUCUCAGUGCUUUUCUAUGAAUAAAGUGUGAAACACGUGA